ACUUUUUACUUCCGGGUUACACGGUUUUAGCCGAGUUCAUUUAUCAAGCCGCCUUUUUGUUAACGCCAUUAGUUUAUCUAAGAAUAAAGAGAAGCCUUUUCAUCUGGAAACUUUACAACAGCUGCUGAGGUUGUUUUUUCUCUGUGACCACAAUGCAUGGACAAUGAUGAUGAAGCUUCAAACUAGAGAUGUGGAUGGGAAACUUCCUGCCAAAAGCUAACAGCAAUUACAAGUCACCCAUUGGCAACACGUUUCAGUUUUUCUCAUCACAUAAUCUAUCAUGUCAUUACCAAAGGAGUCAGGAAACCGAGGAAAAGAUCGAGAGAGAGGGGCUCGUCCCAAAGUGAGACAGAGCCGUUCUGAGGAGAGACGAGAUGCACGCAGUGGACGCAAAGGUGGAAAGGGGAAGAAAAAAGGCCAUGCUUCCUAUGAACCAGCAGCUGAGAGGCCUGUCAGUGAUGGCUUUCAGUAUGGUGAGCUGUUGAGUGACCUAGAGACCAGGGACCAAUCCUCCUCCUCUUCUUUGAAAGAGAGUUGGAGAUGGCAGGGUUUGGAAGCCACUGCCUCAUUACUAGGACAAGAACAGGUAACAGCCAGGCCUGGACUGGGAACAGUUUGCUCUGCUACAGAGAAACCUGGCGAAAGUGAGAGUAGAGGGUCAAGCAGCACACGCACUCCCUGGCAAAAAAUCCAAGAUGCAAUGGGACAGUGUUUCCCAAUAAAAACUCACAGUGCAGCCGCACCACCACCUUCUCCAUCUCCGUCUCCGUCUCCACCUCCACCUCCAGAGGCUCCUUCACCGUCAGCUGCCUGUGCAUCCUCGAGGCGCCUGAUCCACCUCAGUGAGUUGAUGUUGGAUGACUGCCCUUUCCCUGUAGGAUCGGAGCUGGCGCAGAAGUGGUACCUUAUUAAGCAACACACAGCACCCAUCACCCAGCCUCAUGUGCUUGAUUCCGAAGUCGUGUGCAGUGCGCCGACUUCGGCCAUGGCUGCUGUGGUGGAGGACGUAGAUGACAGGUUGCGAGAGCGCAGGCGCAUCAGCAUUGAACAAGGCGUCGAGCCACCACCCAACGCAGAGAUCCACACAUUUGAGGUGACGGCCCAAAUUAACCCUCUGUACAAGCACGGCCCCAAGCUGGCUCAUGGUAUGAGUGAGUUAGCCGGGGCCGAGAGAGCCUCCGUUCAUCAGCAGCAGCAGCUCCUUCUCCAAAGACAGCAGCAGCACCAGCUCCUUCUGCAGAGCUGUUUGGACACUCUGGAUGAGGUGGUUGCCUCCGCCUCUGCUUCAGCCCCCUCCCAGACCUGUGACCCUAUCCCUGACCCUCUGGUUGACCCAGAGGUGACAGCGACCAACGUGCCCUCCAAAGCCAUUCUUCCAUCGACCGAGGAUCACAAACAUCACGAUGGCUACCGCAUUCAUACUCAGAUUGAUUACAUCCACUGUUUAGUUCCAGACCUGCUUCAGAUCACGAACCUCCCGUGUUACUGGGGGGUGAUGGACCGCUACGAGGCAGAGACGUUGCUAGAGGGAAAGCCUGAAGGCACUUUUCUGCUACGUGACUCUGCCCAGGAGGGAUACCUGUUCUCUGUUAGCUUCCGCCGCUACGGCCGCUCACUCCAUGCACGCAUUGAACAGUGGAACCACAAUUUCAGCUUCGACGUGCAUGACCCGAGUGUCUUCCAUGCUCCCACCGUUACAGGGCUGCUGGAGCACUACAAGGACCCCAACUCCUGCAUGUUUUUCGAGCCCCUGCUGUCGAACCCCAUCCAUCGCACACAGCCCUUCACUCUGCAACAAAUCUGCAGAGCGGUCACCAGCAGCUGCACAACCUAUGAUGGCAUUAACAUGCUACCCAUUCCUAAUGCUUUGAAAAAGCACCUGAAAGAAUACCACUAUAAGCAGAGAGUACGUGUACGGCCAAUGGAUACCUGGUGGGAAUGAAGAAGAAUUAAAAUAAUGGACUAAAAGGACUAAAAGAAACUAGUAAAUACUCCCAAAACUGAACUGAACCAAGAGUUCUUCAUUCAGUCUGCCUGUAUUAACCUACACUGUUAACCUGCAAUAUACUUAUUUAUUUUAUUCCUGCUGUACAUGUCCUAACAAAUCUACUAAAUUACACUGAUGUUACUAUAUGUAAUCUCACUGAUCGUGUAGACGCAAAGUUCUUUAUGCUCAAAUUAAACAAAGUUAUUUAGAUCAGAACUACGCUCACACAUCCUCUGUGUUCUCAAGUGUGACUAAAUCAGCUUAAUUAUCUGACGAUGGGAAGCGUGUCCUAGUGUGAGUCGAGAUGAUUGUAAUAGAGGUGUUCAUCAGUCACGUGCUGAGAAGGGGGAAGACAUACUGACAAGGUUUUCUUCUUGUUUCUGAGGUGUGGGAGUGUAGAACAAUUGAAGUAAUAGUUAUUCUUUCCCACAAUUAACCCACCACUGAUUAAGGGGAGGAGAUUUUUUUUGGUGCAAUGCUCCCUCAUAUUUAUUUUUUAAAAGUAAAGGCUUGCACUAUAAGAGGUAUUAUUCACACAUUGAGGUAUGAUCUUAUGCUUGCAUAAGUCUUCUGUCAGGGUGCAAAUGUGUCAAAUUUCCCCAGCCACUCAUUAGAUUAGCAUUUGGAUGGUAAUGGUGCUCAUUGUGUGCCUUGUUUUCACGGGUGGUUCAAAUGCAGGGAAAGAUGCAGUAAAUGCAUUAUGAUCAGAUUUAACAUCAUUCAGUUGCUUUGUUUUUGGCUAAGAUUGAAACCAUCUCAGGUAUUUUGCCAGUGCCAGCGGUCUUCAUUAAUUUUGAAGUAAAGGAUCAAAUGUGACCCUACUGAACUUGUCAGCAGUAGGUGAUGCAGCUGUAUUUUCAGAAUACAAAUAAUGAAGCCCAGAUGACUUUGAAACCUUAUUUUGCUUAACAUCUUACUAUUGUGUUGUCCAAUUGUAAAUGUAGUCUCUCUAAGGUUAGAGCUUUGGUCUGGCUGUUUAUAAAUUGGCAUCUAAUUGUAAUGUAAAGACCUGAAUCCUUAAGAAAUAUCAUGUUGUUGCUUUACUUCCUGCUGUGCUUAAUUUUUUUAAAGAGGAUCGGGGGGUUGUCUACACACUAAUUUUCCAUUCCAAAUUACCAUAGUGAAUUAGCACUGAUUAAUCUUAAUUAACAAAAUGAAGGGUGUGAGGAAUUAUGGCUUUUGAGCUUUUUUUCUGAAGCUUGACAUGUCGGUUACGGAGACAAAAAUCUACAAGUUCCCGAAAGAGUAAUUAGUCUUAAGCAAAGACCUAAAGGCACAGAGGGAGCUAAAUAAUACAGUAUGAAGUCAAGGGACAUGUGCUUUCACGCAGUCACACAAAUGGACCGCAAUUUACAAUAUAGUAUUAUAUUGUGUUAUAUGUGAUUUGUUGAACAAAUAAAAUAUGCAUAUUAAUUAUAUUAAAAUACCUUGCAAUAAUUAUCUGUACAUUGCAGAUGGCCUUUCUGCAAUGUACAAAUAAAACACAACACAAUACAAAUUAAAAAGCAAUUAUUGCUCGACCGACUUGCAUUUGCCCGAUUCUUUUGGACUUAUUCAAGGAUUAAUUGCAUGAAUUACCUAUGGUUAGGAGUAAUUUACUGCUGUGUGGGAUUCACAUUUUGUUAUAAUGAAAACGCGAAAGAAAGACCACACUGCUAAUGGUCGUGUGCACUAAGUAAUAAUCACAAAAGACAACCAUGCCAGUGUUAAUGUGAAAGCAUGGAGAAUUGAUCCCAGAUCAUCUUUUGAACCCCUGAGAUGCUGUUUUCUCCUUGAGAUGGCCAAUUUGAUAUGCAGAAUGCAAAUCAUCCAUGACAAGCACUCUUCCACUAAUGAAGCAGCUAUAAUUUAAACGGCAGCAUUAAAGCCUUCAUUCAAAAUGCAAAGUCAGGACCUUUGACUUUUGUAUACCUAAUUAAGUCAUCACAAAAACUAAACUAUAAAAUCAGAGUUACUGUGUUGGAAGACAUUUGACCCAUCAUGCAUACACAAGUGUGUGCUCUGAACCCUGUAGACAAGCCAUUUUAGAUCCUUGACAGCUCAAGGCUUAUGUCUUGUAUUUCUAGCACACUACAAUGCUCUGCAAUCACACAUACCUGGCAGAUGGGAUCCAAUAAUAAACAUUUCUAGACUUUUAACACUUCA